CAUCCCACGCCCUGAACGCCUUAGUCUCCAGCAGACACUCACCACCCGCCCGUGAGUGUUCCAAUUCGCAAGUCGCGGUCCGGCUUGCUGUCGCAGGAACCCGGAUCCGAGUCCAAUUACUGCGGUUGCCUAGCUCCGCCCUUGGGACUUACUCCCGAGACACCCAAACACUGGCCACGGUUGACGCCUUCGGGAUAAUGCAGGUCGUCUUUGCUUCGCAAUCCCAGGACAUGGCUCUGGAAGACGGGUAGAGAAGCCUUUAGUCUCUCUUUCUUCCUUGCUUGAUGCCCGCGCCGUCGCGCCCUCGAGUUGGAUUGAGGCCGCCGGCUCAGCCCAGGCUUUUGCCGUCGAUCGACUGGGCGACAUGUUUCUCCGUGCAUGUCGGCAUGAGCUCGACUCAAAUCACGGGAGAGCAAACGCGCAAACAGAGGAGGACGCCCUGGCCCGUUCCGCUCCGCCAACCGCAUCUUUUGUCUCGUCAGUGUGGUCAGACAGACCUGUGGAUGAGAUGGAUGCCCCAUGCUUUUCUUCAUCACGUCCAACCCCCUGGUAAAUCGUCACCCCUUAGUGGGGGUCCAAGAACCAUGAUGCUGGGUUUUUUGCUUCUUCCAUACCAAAACUUAUUGCUUCUUAUUGUAGGCACUGGACGGCCAGCCCGGGGCAAAUCCUCAAGGCAUGGCCAACCAACUGGCCUUCGCAUCACACAAGCACUCUCUCUCUCUCUCUCUCUCUUCUCCCUCAACAUCAUUCCCUGCCUUGGCUCUCUGGCCCCGCCAACAUGUCUUUCGGACCCCAGUCGAACGAACGAGACAUCUCUGUGGCCUUGACCUCUGUCGCACUACCUGUCCCAACCCUCCUUCUUCCCCAGCUCGCAACGACGCUUCAGGUGGGAUUUGGGCGACAGGAAGAUCUCGUAUAACUGCGGCAGAUUGCAGUAGUAUCUCGAUCGGAUUCCACCUACCAAGACCACGGGAAGCCUGACGUGACACGACCCGGGCUUCUGUAUAAGCAAGACAUGUUCUCAUCACAACCACGGCGGCCAAACCCACACACCCUCUACGCGCCCUUCCUAUACACUACCCUGGAAAUGUCGCAGACUUGACUGAGAUCCGACAAGUAUUGGUUACACUCCCCUCAGUAACCCUUCACCGCUCUCGCUUCCUCGAGACCCGGACCGCUUCUCUUCACUCACUCACUGACUGAGAAUCUGAGAUGGACACCAUGUCAUUGUUUCUUUUCCCACCCGUCAGGCGCCGCACUGCGUCUACACGCCGCAUUCUAUCUUGACUGUUGACUUGCUCUUCGUUGCGAGGGAUAUACUUAAAGAGUUGCGAGAGACGCCCAUGCUAAUAUCCUCCUCCCUGGUCCCCUACUCUCCCAUGCCAUUCAUACACGCCAUCACUUCUUCUUCUUCUUCUUCUUCUUCUUCUUCCCAAUUCAUCAUAGGCACCUGCUCUGAAUUCAGUCCCUUCCACGUGCUGUUUCUUGCAUACCGUUGUCGGUGAACUCUGGACGAGCCCGCACAUGAUAAUGCCUUCUUCAAAGCCUUUGAAGAUCAAGCCCUCUGAGGUGGCUGCCGACACCAAGAAGAAACUCAUCCCAGAGGUCAAUAGACACUUCCGCGAAGAGUGGCCGCCGUACUCCGUUCUCUACUCUCAGCCGCUACUUCAGCUUCCUCUCAGCCGCCCGAGCUUUAUCAGCUCAGAUCUGCCCAAGUUCUACGUCGUUCACAGUGACCCUGUUGACUGUGCGCUUGGCUGGGCCCAGACUGAAGGCGUCCGUAUCCCCUUCAUCUGCGCCGCGAACGAGAAACGACCCGGAGGAGACUGGGAGACGGGCGUGGUUGGUUACGAGGAGAGACUAUGCCGCCGGAGCAAUCUUUCAGCAACGCUCGCCACGCCCCAUCCGGACGCUUACAUGGCAACCAACUAUCCGAUCCCCAUGGAAGGGGCUAUCUACUCGCCCGAUGUCGUCCGAUUCCGACAGUUCCAAGACCGAAUCGAGUCGCUCGAUAUGAAGGACUGGAGGUCGCUCCCCGUUAUCUCCAUGCCGCCGACGCGAUGGCCGAAACUCACAGACCAGGGACGGAAAUACUCCUUCUCGGAGGAGCGAGAGCUGGUGCGGAACAAGAUGCGCGCGGCGUUACGGAUUUGCGUCUUCAAUGGCUACAACCACGUCGUUAUCGGCGACUUUGGCCUCGGCAAUGGCUACCGAAACCCGCCCAAGGAGUUGGCCGAGCUGUGGCGCGAUGUCUUCCUCUACGACCCGGAGCUGAGGGGCCAGUUUCUCGCCGUCAUGUUCGCCUUCGAGGACGACAGGCAGUGCACGGCCAAGUGCAUCCUCGACGACAUUGCUAAGAAGACCAAGGGCAGCAGCAGCAGCAGCAGCAGCUCGUCCAAGAGCAAGUCCAAGAGCUCGUCGUCGUCGUCGAGCUCGAGUGGCAGCUCCUCGAGCCACAAGAGUGACUUCCGAAUCUUUAGCGAGAUCUUUGCCGACAACGAGAUCGCCAGAGUCCGCAGUCAGCCCGACCCGCGCUACGCAUUUUCGGCCAUUAUGUCAGGCUCUUGACCGACACAUGCAACUUGGAGGGCUGGUGGUUGUCUCAGCCACGGGUGCUCAGCAUGAACCGGCGAGAUCGGAGGGGUGGGGAGACGUACGUCAAGGCGGGCUGUGAAGCGGCAUUUCACCCUUGGAGAAAAGUUGUGUGUCUCGCCGUACGACCUGUCAUGUCGACGACAUCUCUCGGUCACCAAGGAAGGGACGGGGGUAUGUCUGUGUGUCUUGCAACACAGCUAUGCCACACCACCACCAGACUUUCUCGACUCCCCUGUCCCUGGAACCCCGAUUGGCUCACAUCGACCGGGUAGGGAGGUACAAUUCCUGCAUUGUCUGAUCAGCUUUUUUGACCUAGCGACCCGCACGCUCGUUUCUUCUUCUGCUCUCUUGGACACCCGGGGCUGAAAACCUGUCCUUGCAGGACGCGGAUCUCCAGGGCACCUGAUUUUUUUGUGGAGUUUUCUUCGAUGUGUUGUUUGCUUUUCAACUCUUCAAAAGAGCAUGAGACGGAUUCUCGUGGCGGGUAUUGUUUGCGGUCCCCUUGUGGCCAGCGGCGUUGGGAGCUGAAAGCAUUGGUCUUGUUUGCCUUGGCUAGGGUAGGGGAAUGGGACUCGAAAAUCUACUUCUCGGGCGUUUCAUUUUUUGUUGUUCUGGGCCUUGUUGUUCUAAAUCAUACUUCUCCCUCCGAUUCCCAAUCAAGAUAUAAUAUUCAAGAAUGAU